AUGGUGGACAGCUCUGAGGGUGGAGAUAGAGCAGCGAAGACCCACCCCGCCACCACUGGACAGAGUCAGGCUGGUGAAAUGGGGAGUCUCUGGAGCCAGGAGAGUCCCCCUGCUGAACAGGGGGACCUAGCUGAUGGUGAACCUAGCCGGUGGGCCCAACCCAGGCGAGUGUUUCUGGCCAUUCUGCUUCUCGGCCUGCUGCUGGCUUUCUCUGUACUGCUGGUCUACAUCUUCCGCAGCUGUGGUCCUCGCCCCUGUGAGAAGCAGGUGUGCAGGGAUCUCCUGGCCGGGUAUCUGGCCUCGGGAAACUCCACUGCAGACCCUUGCUCUGACUUCUUCACCUUUGUCUGUGGGAACCAUCAUCAAGUCCAGACCCUCGAAGAGGAGAACAAAGGCCGACUCCGGAAAAUCCUGGAGGUCCCGAGUUCCUGGCCCCCAGGCUCUGGGGUAGAGAAAGCUGUCCACUUCUAUAACUCCUGCAUGGACACUGAUGCCAUCGAGACUGCAGGGGCUGGUCCUUUCAGACAAAUUAUAGAGGAGCUUGGAGGUUGGCGGAUCUCUGGGAAUUGGACUUCCUUAGACUUCAACCGAACUCUGAUACUUCUGAUGAGUCGAUACAAUCACUUCCCAUUCUUCAGAGCUGACUUGCGCCCACAUCCCGAACCUCCACACAAGCCUGUCAUCCAGAUAGACCAGCCAGAAUUUGACAUUCCCCGUAAGGAAGAUCAGGAGCAGAAGAUCUAUGCCCAGAUCCUACGGGAAUACCUGACCUACCUGUAUCGUCUGGCUCUCUUACUGGGAGGAAAACCAGGCAAGGUGCAAGAUCAUGCCUACUCAUCCAUCUCCAUUACCUCACGACUACGGGAGCAGCACGAAGCACAAGCUAAGCAUUACCAGAUGGUCACUGUUGACCAAUUACAGGAAAUGGCCCCUGCCAUUGACUGGUUGUCCUGUUUGCAAGCGACAUUCACACCCAUGUCCCUGAGCCCCUAUCAACCUAUCAUGGUCCAUGACCUGCAGUAUUUGAAGAAAAUGUCCCAGCUGGUGGAGGAGCAUCUGUCAAGUAAAAGGGACUUUCUUCAAAGCUACAUGAUCUUGGGGUUGGCAGGGACUCUUUCUUCAGCCCUGGACAGUCGAUUCCAAGAGGCACGCAGAUCCUUGAAUCAGAAACUACAGGAGCUCACUGAUUGGCCAUCUGUGCCCACAGGCCCUCGAUGGAUGGAAUGUAUGGAGAAAACAGGAACUUUUUUUCAGUCCACCCUGGCAGCCUUGUUCAUGCGUGAGGCCUUCAGUCCCAGCAUCCAAAAUGCUGCUAUGGAACUAUUUACUGCUAUCAAGGAGGCCCUUAUCACCCGCCUCAGGAGACUCACCUGGAUGGAUGACAGGACCAAGAAAGAGGUCCAGGACAGGGUCAACCAACUGCAAGUGAAGAUAGGACCCCCAGAGUGGGCAGUGAAGCCAGAGGUGGCCAGCGAGGAAUCCAAAGACAUACAACUUGGACCUAACUUCCUGCAGUCCAUCCUGAGCUGUGUCCGAUCUCUCCGAGCUAGGAAAAUCCGAAGCUUUAUGCAGCCAUCGUCACCCAACCCUAAACUGCACAUGGCCCCCUGGGAGGUCAGUUCUUACUAUUCGAUAUCUGAGCAUGUGGUGAUCUUCCCAGCUGGACUCCUGCAACCCCCUUUCUUCCACCCAGGAUACCCCAGAGUUGUAAACUUCGGUGCCAUAGGGAGCUUCAUGGCUCACAAGCUAUUGCAUAUCUUCGACCAGCUCUUGCUUCCUGGGGGCUGCCCUGCUUGUGAUUCUCACGCUCUACAGGGGGCCCUGCAGUGCCUGGAGCACCACUAUGCUGCCUUUCCAUCAUCCAAUGGAAGUUCCUUUAAUAGCUCCCACACUCUCCUGGAAAAUGCUGUGGAUGUGGGGGCAUUGGUCAUUGCACUUCAGGCAUACAACAAGGGACUCUUAAGUCAUCGAGGGGAGACCACCUUGCCAAAACUCGGCCUCAGCCCCCAUCAGCUCUUCUUCCAAAGCUAUGCUCUGAUGAUGUGUGGGAAGCUCGGCACCCAGGUUGCUCCAGAGAAUCACAGCCCUCCCACCCUUCGAAUCCAUGGAGCCUUGAGCAGCACCCAGGCCUUUUCCAGACAUUUCUACUGUCCACACGGCACUCUCAUGAAUGCCUUCACCCAUUGCCACCUCUGGUAA